GCCCUCGGGGACGCUGACGACGCGCUUGUGGCAGCGCGACGGGUUGCUUGGCGGCUUGGCAGCGCGACGAGUGGCAGCUGGAGGGGCAGCGCGAUGGGGUGAUGGGUUGCUGCGCGACGCGUCGCCUGGUCUGCUUCGUACGACGCGUCGCCUGGUCUGCACUUACGACGUGUCGCCUGGUCUGCAUUCACGAUGCGUCGCUUAUUCUGCUCUGUACGGCGCGUCGCAUGGUCUGCAGUUACGGCACGAUGCAUUGCCCUGCUCUGCACGGCACAACGCGGCGCCUGCUCUGUUCUGCACUUACGGCGUGUCGCAUGGUCUGCUCUGGACGACGCAUCGCCUGGUCUGCUCUCACGACGCGCCGCCUGCUCUGCUCUGUACGGCACGAUGCAUCGCCUGGUCUGUACGGCACGACGCGUCGCCUGGUCUGCACACACGAUCGCGACGCGUCGCAUGGUCUGCUUCGGACGACGUGUCGCCUGGUCUGGGCGACGCGCCGCCUAUUCAUACCCAACCACUCGGUCGGGCAGAAUACGACAUCUCUCGGAGUGGUGAAUACGACGUCUCUCGGUCGGGCAGAAUGUAACAUCUCUCGGUCGGGCAGAAUGUGACAUCUGGUUGUCGGGCAGAAUACGACGUCUGCCGGGGCGGUGGGGGUGCGCGCGAUGCAUGUUCGUUGUGUAGGGUUGAGGCGGAGCGUUGUGGUCGCGACAUGGGUGGCGCUGUGCGCUCGAUGUGGGUGGAUCUGUGGGGGG